UUGUGAUAUUUUUUCAUGUGUAGGUAGACCCCUCAAGCUAAAUGUCUUGGCAUACUCAAACAACACCUCUCCGGUAAGAUGCUUCACUUCAGCUUCUGGGAAGAGAUAAACAGCAAAAUCAUUUAUUAUCAACUUUUGAAUAACCACCAGUACGUUGACAUUUCUUGUCAAACAAUCGACAUUUUAAGCGCUUCAUUGAAAAUCUAUUUCCCCUAAACUCACAACCAGAAAACUAUUUUAAACGUUUAUCAAUCGCAGGCAUGCACUCAGUGUGAAUAACUUAUGAGUUGAACAGCGGAAUGGAGGUUAUCGAAUUGAAAUGAAUUGGGUCUCACAGCAAGAAACCAAAUAACAAAACACUGCCUAAUUAGCUAUAAUAUGCCAUGAAAAUUUAUAAAAGAGUAGGCAAAAGUAACAUUUCGGCUUUUUUCUAUGAACAACAAAACAAUUUUCUACAGCACUUGACAGUCCCUCCCACUUGGGAAGUGAAAAAUGUAUUAUAAAGAAACGCUUACGGUUUUAAUCGCACUUACCCUCUGGAGCUGUAUAACAGAAUCCUUUCGAACAUUUUUUGAGGAAAGCGAUAACUAUCAUCAUGAAAUUCCACACGAAGAGAAGAGUUUUGCAAGGAAUAUGCCAGGAGAUUUGGCCGAAAAUAGGAUAACUCCAUCACGGGAAAGAGAUACGCAAUAUUGGCUUGAUUAUGCCCAGCAUAUCGUAAGACAAAGAGCUGGCGGUUAUUUCAAAAAUAAAAGGGCCAAAAAUAUUAUAUUGUUUUUGGGUGAUGGAAUGUCCAUCAGCACCCUAACUGCAGCUCGCAUACUUAAAGGACAACGUGAAGGGCGACCUGGAGAGGAAUCGUCACUGGCAAUGGAACAAUUUCCCUUUGCAGGUUUAAGUAAGACAUAUUGCACCAAUGGUCAAACAGCAGAUUCGGCCUGUUCAGCCACCGCAUAUUUGACUGGGGUUAAGACAAAUCUCUUGACCAUAGGCGUUAAUGGUCAUGUCAUCUUCAAUAAUUGCACUUCAAGCUCAAAUCCUGCUUACCAUGUAGAAUCCAUAGCUAAAUGGGCCCAGGAUGCUGGAAAGGCAACGGGUAUUGUUACUACUACAACCGUAACGCAUGCAAGUCCUUCAGCAAGCUAUGCUCAUGUAGCUAAUCGAAAUUGGGAAAGUGAUUAUGAUAUUUUGAAGACAAAGGCUGUGACAAAUGGACCCUGUUCGGAUAUAGCCAAGCAACUAAUUCAGAAUGAGCCUGGGAAUAAAUUUGAUGUCAUAAUGGGCGGAGGAUUUAAGAAGUUUAUACCCAAUGACAUACGAGAUGCUUUUGGUGUGAAAGGAGAACGUAGAGACUCUUUGAAUUUAGUGGAAGAAUGGCUACGUUAUAAUUCGCAAGGAAAAUUGGUAACUACUAUUGAGGAGCUACAGGACUUGGACUUUGUGGAAACUCAAAAACUUCUUGGACUUUUUCACUCUUCUCAUUUGGAGUACCAUGCGAAAGCUUCAACUUCCCAUCCUGCGCAACCUAGGCUUAAGGAUAUGACGGAGGCCGCCCUUAAGAUAUUGCAAAAAAAUCCUCAAGGGUAUUUUGCAUUCAUUGAGGGUGGUCGUAUUGACCAUGGUCACCACAGCAAUAUAGCAGGGUAUGCAUUAGAUGAAACCUUAGAAUUUGACGAAGCCAUUCAAAUGGCCAUAAAUAUGACCAACGAAGAAGAAACAUUAAUUGUUGUCACAUCUGAUCAUUCCCAUACUAUGACAAUAUCCGGCUAUCCAGGGCGUGGCAAUCCUAUUUUGGGUUUAAAUCAAUAUAAUCGUGAUUUGGAGGGAAUACCUUACAGUGUAUUGAACUAUGCGCUGGGUCCCCAACAGUAUGUAGAUAAGAAUGGCAAACGCUUAGAUUUGUCUUCUGAGAAAUACGACGAAUUUAUGGUGAAACCUAGUUACAUUCAUACCAAAAUGGGUGCACAUGCAGGUGAAGAUGUGGCUUUGUUUGCCCGCGGCCCCCAAGCCCAUCUCUUUUCAGGAACUAUGGAACAGAAUGUGAUACCGCAUUUAAUGGCAUAUGCCGCUUGUAUAGGACAUGGGCCAACAUUUUGUGAUGAAUAACAAAAACUUAAUAAAUUCACAAAUUAUUCUAAA